CAGAACAGCAGCUCCUUCCAGCUGGAGAUGUCUCAGGAAGGAUUCAGCUCCCUGCUAUCCCCUGAUGGGCCUGUGCUGGGAGCGGUGGGAGCCUAUGACUGGUCCGGUGGGAUAUACCUGUACGGGAGCGGCAGGAAGCCGAGCUUCAUCAAUGUAUCCAGAACCUCCACUGAUAUGAAUGAUGCUUAUCUUGGUUAUUCAUCUCAGGUCAUCACAGCUAAUGGGCAGAGCAGCUACGUGGUCGGGGCCCCUCGCUACCAACACACUGGCAAAGUCUUCCUGUUCAGUCGAGAUACCAACAGCAGAAAAUGGACACCCAGAUCGGAGCAGUUGGGAGAGCAGAUUGGCUCGUAUUUCGGGGGUACACUCUGUGCUGUGGACCUCGACAGAGAUGGGAACACGGACCUGGUUCUAAUUGGAGCCCCCAUGUACUAUACACCUCUGAAUGGAGGACGGGUCUAUAUCUGCCCCAUUAACCGGCUGGGGGUGAUGCAGAUCUGCAGCAAGACACUGCAGGGGCAGACAGGGAAGACGUUUGGGCGCUUUGGGGCCAGCAUGUCUGAAAUCGGGGACAUCAGCGGGGACGGACAGACGGACGUGGCCAUUGGGGCCCCCAUGGAGAAUGACAAUCGCGGGGCCUUGUACAUUUUCCACGGGGAAAAGGGAGGCUUCAGUCCCCAGUACAGACAGCGCAUAGAGGGGUCAUUGUUUCCCAGAAAGCUGCACUAUUUUGGCCAGGCCGUCAGUGGCGGGACAGACCUGACAGGGGACGGACUCCCAGACAUUGCGGUGGGAGCACAAGGGCAGGUCCUGCUGCUGAGGUGA